AUGUCUCAUGGCCAAAAUGGGGAACCCUUGUUAGCAGUCUGUACGGUCAAGGAUAUCGAAGGCAAUCCAAUUGCUGGUGUCAAGAUUGAUAUCUGGGGGACUGAUUCGUCCGGAAUGUAUGAUGUACAACAUGCAGGGAGAGAUAGGCCGGACGGACGUUGCAUCCUGACGAGCGAUGAAGAAGGCAACUUUUGGUUCAAGGGCAUUGUGCCAGUCCCUUAUCCAAUACCUCAUGACGGACCGGUUGGCAAACUCCUAAUGAAAUUGAACAGGCAUCCUAUGAGGCCUAGUCAUAUGCAUUUCAUGUUCGAGAAGGAAGGCUGGGAUAAGUUGGUUACAGCGCUGUAUCUUAUAGGCGAUCCAUACGAGACAUCAGAUGCGGUAUUCGGCAUCAAGGAGUCUUUGAUUGUGGAGCUCGGACAAGUUGAUGCAGAGAUGGCGAGCAAAUACCCCGGGGCACAUGAGGGGAUGAAGUUGCUGCAAUAUGAUUUUGUGCUUGUGACUGAGGAGGAGACAGCGAAUCUGAGGGGCCAAAGGAGUGUUGAGGCGCUGAAGAAGCUUAACAUAUGCGUAUUGUUGUACAACAGUUUUGUACAACAAUAA